AUGUCUACAUCAAGUGUUAAUGAUAAAUGUCCGAACUGCGGUUUAUCGAAGAAGAAGAUGGUCGGGAAAAAGACAAGAGUUGAUACAGAGGAUGAAGCUAUUGCUCUGUCCGAUUAUUUUGCUACGACAGUCGUAGUUGGAGAUACUUUAUGUCAGAAAUAUGGAGGCGCCACUCGUUUUGCAAAGUCAAAACAACGAAAAGUCGAAGAAGCGCCAGCCAAAGAAAAUACUCCGCAAUCCAGCAGUCAAGAAUCAACUGCAUCUGAGUCAUCGCAACAAAGCAAAAUUGAUCCAAGGUAUAGCCCAAUUAAGAAAGAAGUUAUUGAACAAGAAUUUAUUCAGUUACCUUUGAAAAGAGUAGUUUCCACUCAUGAUUAUUGUUGCUUAUGUUCACUUAAAUCAGGACUUAUUGUUGUUCCUUUCGAAGCUCGGCGGCAGGCCCUUACUGAAAGAGAGAUAUUUAUCCCAGAGGGUAACCGCUGUUGUCGUAAGCACUUGAUAAUGAAAAAGUUUUAUAAUGAUGAGUUACUGAACUUGAAACCGAUAUUCCACUCGAGCAAUGUAACAGUUGCAGAUGUAGCCAAGCUAUUCAAAGCUCUAAGUGUAACAUCCGACAGAGAAUUAGACGAUAGAAUCGGUGAUUUUACUAUCUCUGAAGAUAGAAUUAAAACCUUUACUGGACUCAAUUGGGAACAAAUCAUAGAAUUACGCGAAAUGGCAGUUUCCCUGAGGAAUACUGAUAAUCGGACAGUUACGCAGGCAUUCGUUGUUUUUUUAUUUAGAUUGAGAACUGGAAAUUCCAAUGAAAUGAUUUGCUCUGUCCUUGGCCUUGAUCGUCAUCAACAAGUCUCGGAAUUUUCAAAAUCUGUUUUGAGUUCUUUUGAAAGAGACAUAUUGCCUUCACGUUUUGGUUUGAGAAGCAUCGACAGAGAUGAUUUGAUUAAAAAUCAUUCGACAGUGCUACUUCAAAAUCUUCAUGAUCUUAGUGAUGAUAACCUUGGGCUAGUUGCCGAUGGAACUUAUUGGAAGCACCAGAAAAGCUCAAAGAACGAAUACCAACGAAGAUCAUUUUCAGGGCAUAAAAAAGUUCCUCUGUGCAAGCCGUUCACUAUAUGUACGACGGAUGGUUAUAUCGUAGAUGUACUAGGAUCCUUUUAUGCUAAAGAAAAUGAUGCAAAAAUUCUGGAAAAAAUUUUAAACGCGAAUGACAGCGAUUUGAAGAAGCCGAUGCGCAAAAAGGAUGAUGUUUUUAUUCUCGAUCGCGUCUUUCGUGACAUAGUAUCGCAAUUAGAAAGUGAUGGGUACAGGGUUCUCAUGCCAGCGUUGAAAGAUAGAAAUCUUAAACAACUAUCCGCGGAAGAUUCGAAUAAAUCUCGACUUGUAACGAUGCUUCGAUGGGUUGUGGAAGCUGUUCAUGGUAAUGUAGCUCAGAAGUACAAGUUCUUUCAUCAGCAAUUGGACAACCGUUACUUACCCGAAGCUGAUCUCUAUUGCAGAAUAGUUUGCUUUUUAAUAAAUCAAUUUGGUAAACGACUUAUCUCAAGAGCUGCUACAGAUGACGAAGUACUGAAUUAUAUACUUAACAGAAAUUCCAAUGAAAAUUGCCUAGCCACAGAAGUGAUUUUAGAAAAGUAUAAUCGAAGGAAAAGCUUAUUCCAAAAGUUGACGUCUGCUGACUUACAAGAUUUUCCUGAAAUGACGGAGCAGGAUUUAGUAAAACUAUACAGUGGAACGUAUCAACUCAAACAAGCCAUAUCCUACUUAGCUGAAAUGCUGGGCGAGAAUAAUGAGAUAAAUGUUAGUUAUUUCAAAGAAUCUGCUGAUCUUCUGAAAGUACGAGUUAGAUCGAGACACAUCGAAAGUAAGACGUAUAACUGCUACAUCCAGUACAAACCCAAUACUAUUGGCUGUUCCGGUAUAGUCCGUUUUUGCUGUGAGUGUGCUAAUGGAAUGAAAACAAUCGGUUGCUGCUCUCACGUGGCUGCCGUUAUUUGUUAUUUAGCGUAUGCUAGAUUUCAAUCCUGCAUUGUUAAACCUGCUGAACAUCUCACAAGGAUUUAUGAACAAGAUCAUGUGGUUACUUCUAUCGAAGAAGAUAGCGAUGAUGAUUAA